AUGCAAGUGGGCCCCCGACGUGGCCCGGAGGUCACACUAUGGUCACAAAUACCCACGAUACACCCAGAGUCCGGCGGACUGUCCGCCAGACUGUCCGCGCGAAAAAAACUCGUGGACGAACCUUUCUGCACUACUCGGCAAUAUUCAUAUGAUUCCCAGCAAAUUCGCUUUUCUCAACUGAAAAUUGCUAACGAGACCAUUAUCGUGUUAUCAAACGCAAAAAUUGUUAAGGAAAUUUUAGAAGAUCGAGCUAACGAGACUUCCGAGCGUCCUUAUACACACACGUUAGAUGUUGUUACUGGCGGGAACUACUUUGCAUUCUCGGGAUCCGAGAGUCAGGUUUGGAAAUUUGGGCGCAAGGCAAUGCAGUCUCUGGUCUCACUUCAAGCUGUCCAAACUCAUCUUCAUGUUGCUGAGAAAGAGUCGGCACGGUUAUUGUACGACAUCUUACACCAACCCGAAGUACACGACCCGAUACCACUUAUUUUCCCGUUCCGGAUACUGAUACGAGUUCUGCAGCACAUCUACACCCAUAUCACUCGUUUCACGUACUCGUUUAUGGCAUCGGUUCUCUAUGGGAAGCCUGCUCCUAGGAUCGACUCUCAAGAUUUUACCCUUUUUUGCGACUAUUUCCACCAUUUUACAAAGAUGCUUUCACCUGGCGAUGCGGCUCCGGUAGAUCUCUUCCCUGUUCUCAAAUACGUUCCAGAGCGCUGGGCGCCGUGGAAAAAACUCUGGAGAAAGACACGUCAACUUCAGCGAAUGUUGUAUUUCUCCCUGCUUGAUCACACGGAGCAGGAAUUCAGACAUGGCCCAGUAGGUGGAGGGACUAUUAUGGAAGGCCUCUUGGAAAAAAUGCCAGGUGAUGUGGUAAACAGGGAAAUGCUAGGGACUGACCUCGCAACAUUUAGGUAUAUUGGAGGAGUCAUGUUGGAUGGAGGUACUGAGACUUCAGCGGCGCUUAUCCAAUCCUUAAUUCUUUGCCUUCUCAAAUCACCUGAGUCUCUGCAAAAAGCGCAAGAGGAACUUGACGCUGUUGUCAGUCGGGAAAGACUUCCAUUUGCCUCCGAUAUAGAUCACUUGCCAUACGUUCAAGCAUUAAUAAAAGAGGUGUUUCGUAUAAGAUCUGUUGGUCCAAGUGGAGUACCGCACGCUGCAGGAAAAGACUUUCAAUAUGAUGAAUAUAUCAUUCCAAUGGGUGCUACAAUCUUCAUUAACAUGUGGGGAAUGAUGCACGACCCUGAACUGUUUGAACGGCCGGAAGAGUUUUGGCCAGAGAGGUACUUGAUGACGCCAGAUGGGACAAAGCCAGGCCUUAACAAAGGUUACACGAUCGGUCUAAACUUUAUGUUUGGGUGUGGUAAGAGUCUUGCCGUCAUGCGUCUUCUUUGGGCAUUCGACAUUUCCCCGAUUGAUGGUGAGGUAACCCAGCACUGGAGAGAAAUAGAAGUCGAGUACAAAGACGUGUAA